CACUUCACUACAAGGUUUUUGCGCCGCCGGUUCCUUUUCUAAGAGGACGACGAAAGUUUGUUCGUUGUGGCCUGCAUCCCCUAUCGUGCCGAACCUUGGCAAAGGGAGUGAGGCGGCCAGUCGGAGAAAUGGGGGCGCGGGUAGCAGACAACACAGGCGCCGCAAGCGGUGCCGCCUCGAGCAGUUCGCGACGAAGGGUCGCGACAGUCGCCACCAUCAUGUUGUUUCCAAGCAAGACGGAGGCAAGGGCGUCUGCUGUAGCCGUGGGACGAUUUAGGCAAGGAUGGGCGAGAGUCGGCCGCAUGGUCUUCGAUCCCGCGGACGUCUUCCCGACCGAGGUGGAGCUUAGGGAAGACCAAGGGACCCUUGAUGACCCACCACGGAUUUAUGCAUUUGUGACAACGGCCAUGAAGCUGGUUCUAAGCGUCGGCGUCUGCCCCCUUAGGAAGACGCAUUGGUUCGACGUCGGGGUCGUCUACGACGUCGUGAACGAGUCUAUCCACCGCAAGUUCGAGGACGAGAUCAUGUGGUUGUCCCUACGCAUUAUGCGGAACCACCACGCUCGGCAGGGGUCAUUCAUAUACAUCGAGCAUUAUGAUCGCGUGGGACUGUAUGAUGUCGGAUUCCGUAUGGAGAGCCCCAACCUCGCUGAGAACGAUAGUCUGGGUGACGAGAGGCGCAAUGACAUUCAGGAACUCGCGAGGCUUAUCCGACAAACCACCAAGCCACAUGAAAAGUUUCUGAAAAUCAAGGUUCCUCUAUUCGAUGGGGAAAAUGUUACGGACUGGCUAGAAAAAUAUGAGUUGAAUGCUCAUGUGCGUCAAUGGACUGAAUGGAAAAUGUUGGAAGUAGUAAAACGCUAUGUGCACGUUGAUCUUGCAGAAGAAGUUGGUGAGAUGGCAUGUAGGACACGAAUCUGGAAAACAUUCCGUGAGCGAAUGUUGGAAAAAUACCAGUUAGGAGACGGAUUGUUGGAUGUCUCUGACCUUCGUAAAGUGAGUCGGGAGAAAUUUGGGACGAUCGAAGGAUUGCUAAAAAGGUUUGAGAAGGUAGCAAAGAGGGUUACCGAUCUUCCCGAUAAGACGAAGUGCAUUAUCUUUCUGACCAACUUUACGGAAGUCGAGAAAAGAGAAUUGAUAAAGGGUUUUACUACCAGGUACGACUGGGAUAAGAUCAAGGAGAAUCUUAAGGUCGGUGACUUCGACCAAAUGCUCUAUCAUCUCCUGCGCAGGCAAAGGAAAAUGCAGGAGGAUGAGUUAGUAAGUUGUGAUAAGGAUAAGGAGAUGUUCGGGGCGAUUAUAGAUGUUAGUAUGAUGAUGAAAGAAAUGAGGAAGGAGGGACUGUGUGGCAAGAUAAUGACGGUGAGGCAACAAGACGGCAAGAGAAAAGGAAAAGAGAGGGAAGAAGAGUCCGACGAGGAAGAUAGUGAAAAGGAAGAAGAAGAAGAACCUCCUCGGAAAGCGACGAAGGCCGAACGAAAGACCAUGAAUCAAACACGGGGAGGGCAAGGUACGAAUGGAAAGCAAGCCAAGAAUAAGAGUGGUCAUGGGAAUGAUAAUUGGAACCUUAUCGAUUCAUACAUAGAAGGAGGAAUGAGGAAGGAAGCGUUUCGACGCAUGAACCGGACCAUGCCCUGCACUUACUGGUUGACCUCGAAAGAGGAAAUGAAGAUUCUUGAGUCUAGAGAGGUUGCACGCCAGACAAUUGUUAGUAAGUCUGAUGUUAGUAAGGGCAAGACAGAAAAGGAGAGGGAUGUGCGAAAAGCCUUAAGCUCGAGAAGCGGUUUAGAGACAUUUGGAGGCCAAGUUAUGAGACUGAGUCUCGACAUGGAAAGAUUUUGGCCUGGCAUGCCGAAUAUGUUUCUGUUUGGUGGACACGAUGGGAGAAGGGGCAUGACUCCUUUGGCGGCGUCUCUGUCAACAUUACGUACGGAGAAGCCGUCAUCGUCCCACCUUCAGACGGCCUCUGCGGGAACGCGUUCCGUCUUGAACAGGCCUGUCCUCCAAAGAGGAACGUCACUAGCGGUCCCUCAAGCACAAAAGAUUAAGAAGGGAAUCCAACCUCGAGUCGCGCCCGUUGUCAGUGCGAAGGCGCAACAAGAGGCGCCGGUAGUAAUCGUCGAAGAAGACUUGGACACGGAAGAUGAGAAAUUAAGGGCGAAGGACGCGCGUCAGGCAAGGUUACGCGCCCAAAAACGAGGUCUGGAUGAGAAUCAAGAUAAGGAAAAGGAUGAAGGAGAAGAGGAAGAGCAUCAGAAGAAGAAGAACCGGUACACAAUUUCAACUGAGGAAGGGAUCGACAUUGAGAAGAUGGUGGAUCGGAUACUUGAGAGCCAUCGAAAUUUGGUAACACUCAAGGAAUUUUUGGCAGCCUCGCCAAAGAUACGGGAAGAGCUUAAGCAAAGACUAACUCGACGAAAAGUGGUGACGAUUAAACUAGGGGAGGUAAUCCCACCUGAGGCAAAUUGGACUCCUGCGGGAGCAAAGAUGGAUUGGAGGUGUGUAGUGACAGGGCACGUAAUGGUCAAGAUAGGUGUUUCACAACAUCUUACGCUCGUUGACACUGGAGCGGAGAUGAAUAUAUUAAGAGAAAAAGAGGCGCUACAGUUAGGAAUUAAGAUUGAUCGCGCUGAUAAUGGAUUUUUGGUUGGCGCCGGAGGGUCGACACCCUUCUGUGGAACUGCCAGUAACGUCAGUAUACACAUGGACAAGGUAAAGGGAGGGAAAGGGGAAGUGAAGGUACAGUUCGAGAUGGCAUCGAGCUCUCGCCAAGACAAGGUUCAGAAGAUGGUACGGGCUGCGAUCGCUCGCUUAUCCGAGAGAUUGGCAGCUCAAGAGAAGGGAGUUCCUUUGUUCAUAGGGGAUAAUGUGGAAGAGUUCAUUGAUCUUUUCACGAAACUCGCUAAUAAGGAACAAUGGACUGAGGAUCAGAUGAGAGACCAAGUGGCUCGGUACUCGGACGAAUACUGGAGACCCGUUGUUGCUAUUUUUGCAGAGGCGUCAGGAAACUGGGCCGAAUUCGUUGCGGUCAUGAGAGAUACCUUUAACUUUGGAAGUAUGGAAGAAAAGAGCAACCAAGCCAUGAUACAAAUCCCUCCUGUAAAGACUCAGGCUGGGGCCGGAAACACAUCGAUUACAGGUAUCAUUGAACGACUCGAUGAGUUGGAUCGCCGUGUUACCCGCCUUGAAGGGGCACGGGGAAGGAAAUAUUCUGGAUCGCGGCCAACCACAGCCUCUGUAAAAGGGAAGGAGAAAGUGGUUGAGCCUGCCUCGAGGAGUACUCAGAGGAAAUCUCUGGAUGACAGACCUUCACAACAGUCGAAGACAGGGUUCUUGGUAAUCAAGAAGGGAAGCUUGUCGCAGGAGAAAAGAAAGGACGGAGUGUCGGAGUCCAUGAAGGUUGCUAGGCCGGCACAUCAGGAAGGCGUAAUUGUUGGAAGCAAGAGAGAAAGGGUCACAUUGUCCAGCGAAGAGAAACCGACAAAGAUUGCCAAAGACGAUUCCUCAGCCUGAGAGAGGGAAAAUGCACUUAGUACGGAACAACGUAGCGAGGUUUUGAGGAGGGUUCUUAGUCCUCCGCUGUCUAGGUCGAUUGGUAGGACGAACUCUCUAAGGACGGAGAGGACACCAUCAUCGGGACCUCCCUUCUGAGUCGUCUGUCAGAAAACGGGUCAUAAGGCUAGAGAUUGCCCAGUUCUUAGAGAGGAAACCAGAUUGGAGCCGUGAUAUAAUUUUAAGGCUAUAUAUAUAUGUAUACCUAUAUUAUAUAUAUCCAUAUAUAUAUAUAUUUUGAAGCUUUUGUUAUUGAAUCUGUUUGACUCCAUGUUUUGACUCAGUUGGCUUGAUAUGAGAAAUGUUGGGCAUUGUCAACAAAAUUUUCUACUGGAACCUAAUAAAGUAAAUCAGUUGGAUGUAU